GAGCAUUGGGGCAGUAUAAAUGUGAUAUGCUGUCUGAAAAAACUCGACGCCGAAACGCUAAAGACUCGAACAAACUGGCCUCACUCACAGUGCCCAGAUCUGCUGACAUGGGAAGACGAUGGAAUGGCUUGCGCUGUGCUCCCCUGCAACGAUACGUGCUGACCAUCGGCUGGUGAUCGAGCUCCCCCAGCCCCCUUGCCAGCUGUCGGUGCGAUCGAAUGUAUAAGUGCAUGGAUUGCUGGGGUGUCCAGCAGCAUUGCGGAUUCGGUCGAGUGCUCGUUUGACAGAGAGUCAACCGCUGCCGCAGCGGUGGUCUUUCCUGGCUUUGUGUUGUUUUUUCUUUGAGUGUGUUUUGUCACCCGGUAGACAACCUCGCCUUAUUGUCACCUUAUGUCGACGAUUUAAAACACAAUUGGCACCCCCACGUCUCAUGGCUGACGGACUCAUUUGAAUCUCCUCAACUCGUUGAUCUUCCCGUCGCCUACUUGGCGAACAGGAGUCGAUUGACAACAGCUUGAAAAAAUGGCGAAAGAUUCAUCCCAAUUCGGCCCCGGUACCGCCGUCAUCUACCUUUUCAAUCUGGUGGUUGGUACGGGUGUCCUUGCACUUCCGUCAGUGCUCAUUUCGGGAGGAUGGCUUCUUGGAGGCAUUUUCAUAAGUAUUGUUGCCUUCUUGAGUUAUGUCAGCCUCACGUUCGUUGUCGAGGCAAUGGCUGCAACAAACGCUCUACUUGAAUAUGAAAAAGAACCAGUCAAAGUUCCCACCGGAAACGUCUCAGCUAAUGCCUUCCAGACCACGAUACAAACAGACAAUGGUGUCAAACAACCACUUUUGAAUACCAACAAAUCCAUUGCUGAGAAAGACAUUUUUGAAAUCAACCAGCGUAUCGAGUUUGGUCAAAUGGCUGGAAGGUAUUACACCCGUAUGGGGAUGAUCGUCUUCUUUUCGAUUUUAAUCGUCUAUAUUUAUGGCGAUGGCGUGAUCUACUCUACCGUUGUUGUGCGCUCCCUGCUAAGUUUCAUAUAUGGUGCAGAGGAGCCUGUUUGGGCCUUCAGUCUGUUUUUGUGUAUCUUCUUCAUCUUUAUUUUGCCUUUCUGUUUCUUCGACUUUCAGAAGACGAAAGUUCUUCAGAUGAUAACAAUGGUCAUUCGGAAUGUGUCGUUGCUCACAAUUCUUAUCCUGGCCUUCCGGGCGGCUUUGCAAAAGGAUCACGUCGUCAGAGAAGUUCCUCCCACGAGAUUUGGAGCUCUGCCAAAUCUAUUUGGAGGUGCGGUGUACUCAUUCAUGUGCCAUCACAGUAUUCCUGGCAUUAUCACACCCAUCGCUAACAAGAAGAGCAUAAUGAAAAUCACUGGGAUCGUUUUCGGGCUUAUCUUCGUCAUCUACAUUGCUCUCUUCAUCGGAUGCCUUUUGGCUUUUGGCGCUGAUGUUCUUGACCCCGUAACCUUCAACUUCCCUCCUCAAGUUUACGGAUUCAUCGGAGAUGCCCUCAUUUUGUUCCCAGUCUUUACACUUUCGUCCAAUUUUCCCAUGAUGCUUAUCACUCUACGAAACAACCUCGACACACUUUUUAUGUUGAUGACUAAAGGAGCAGGUUCCAAGUCAUCUCAAGACGACAAGGGAGACUUGGCAUGGCAGCGACGAAUUGUUCUCACUCUCAUUGCUGUUGCGCCUCCCAUCGUCUGUGCAUUCAUUGCGGAGCAUUUUGGGCUAUCCGUCGACUCAUUGGUGGGAACAUCAGGAGCUUUUGCCGGAUGCAUCAUCAUGUUCAUCUUUCCAGCAACCUUCGUCUACAUUGCCAGAAGGGAUGUGAAGAAUACAAUUGAGAACUGCAAAGCGCCGCUCAAAUACCACACAACUACCAACGCCUACGCCUCCCCUUUCAAAGGAACCAUCUGGGUGUGCGUGCUGAUGGGCUGGGCCCUCAUCGCUAUGAUCUUCAAUGCAGUAGAGAAACUUGCAGUCUUGUACUACCACUAGUACGAGUUCGCGUCUCUGAAUAUUCGGAGACCUGUAAGUUCACCUUGUACAGUCUGCGGCAGAACUGCAUUGAAGUGACGGAGAAGAUUUUGCGCGGAGGAUGUUUCGGACUUAGAAGUGGUAAACCUCCGUUCAAAAUCACGGUGCCUUGAGGGAAGCGAAUUCCGAUUGAGCAGGGGAGAAGUGAAAAUUUCUCCAUUUUCUAUCCGAAUAACUUAGUACACGACCGAAAUGGAGAAAUUGUGUCACUUGUUUUGUAGAUGUUCUUCAGACCAAGGCUUCUUCCGACCAGCUGGAAGCAAAUUCUGCAACUGCUUCCAGGCAAGUACGUGACUUGGACGACAACGAUCGGAAGUUGACACAGUUCGAUGCAGACACUGGCGAUGUGGGGAAAUUAGGCGAGAAGGUUUUCCACGGGCUUCCGAGGUUAUGUUUUCCACGGCUGAUGAUGAACAAGGUACAACCUCAAGGAAAGCAGUGUGGUAGGAUAAAUCAGAACCCUCUAGGCAUCGUCAGUACAUGCUCUGUGCAGCAUGAAACCGGCCGUCUAGACGAUUACAUGUGUAGAGGCCGAAUGCGCUACGACUACUGCGUGCCCUCAACAGAUAUAGAAUUUCUAUCAUGCAGCAAUCGAGGCUACGUACUCAUGAGAUCAACGAGCGAAAAUGAGAUCAUUUAUAGGAGUACUAGGACAGGUCAGUGGCACUCUAAUUCACAAGACAUAUUUCCAGUUGCGAGUGCCAUGCAACUUCACAAUUGAUCUAUUCAACGUUUGACUAGUCAGUGGCACGAGUAAGGUAGUGAGUGAAUCGAGAGAAGUAUAUCGGAAGCUGAGACAUGGUUCGACCAAACUCUCGUGGAGGUUUGGCUGUGAAAACUAUGUCAGAGUAUUGUAAGCUGGAAUUUCGGCGAAGUCUUGGAAGGAUUAAAAGCUGUAACAGUAGAAUGUGUCAAUUUUGGGAUUUAGAUUGG